AAAGACAGUAUUUAAGUAAAUAAAUUUUAGUUAAAUAAUAAAUUUAAGCAAUAUUGAUCAAGUUUUAUCUGAGAAUAUAAUUCAAAUUCAAGUAAUAGUAUAUGAAUAAGUGCGGAACUUUAUUAGUUUUUAGUAAAAAAUUACUUUCCUCGCCAGACAAAACAAUACAUUCUAAAUCAGCCAAUUGUAGCAUGACACAUACUGUACAGUACGUAAAGCGGUGACAUAAUCAGAAGGAACAACUCGAAAGCAGGUUGCUUUAGUAGAUCUUCAGUACUCUGACGUAGACAAAACGUUGAAUUUAGGAACGUUUGCAAAUGCCGACCGAUAUCAUAACGUUGACAUAAGAUCAAGGAACGACAAAUCUCAAUCCGUUAGGCAAACGUUUGCGCAACGUUGACUUUAGAAAUUCAGCUUGUGUCUUAAGAUAUCAUAAUCGGAAGUCCGGAACGAUUGUGAAUAUUUGCCAGUAACUUAUAUUCAAGUUACAUACAGUAUAUUAUCUUGAUGGUCCAUUGUAUUAAAUGGUUCAGAUGGUAACUAUUCUGUUGUUUCUGUUCUUACAAGCAGUACUGUGUUCAUAUUAUGAACCGAAUACAGUACCUGGUAAGAGCGUGUUCGUUCAUCUGUUCGAAUGGCGUUGGAAAGAUGUAGCCGAUGAAUGCGAACAAUUUCUUGGUCCUUUUGGAUUUGGAGGCGUUCAGAUAUCCCCACCAAACGAAAAUGGCAUCGUAUGGGAGCCCUUUUGGAAUAAAGAAAUUAAGAGACCGUGGUUCGAAAGAUAUCAACCAGUCAGUUACAAACUUGGAACUAGAAGUGGCACUGAAUCUGAAUUCCGUGAAAUGGUUAGAAGAUGUAAUAAUGCUGGUGUCAGAAUAUAUGUUGACGCCGUUAUUAAUCAUAUGACCGGAGACAUUGGCAAAGGUCAAGGCACUGCAGGUAGUCAUUUCGAUCCAGGUGCUCUUCAGUAUUAUGGAGUUCCUUACGGUCCAAGCGAUUUCAACAAUGAUAAAUGCCACAGCCAAAGUGGGAAUAUUGAAAAUUAUCAAGACAAACAUCAAGUCCGUGAUUGUCGCUUGUCUGGUUUGGCAGAUUUAAAUCUAGGCAAACAAUAUGUCAGAGAUAAAAUCACCGAAUAUUUAAACUAUCUGAUCGAUAUCGGAGUAGCUGGGUUUCGCUUUGAUGCUGCCAAACAUAUGUGGCCUUCCGAUAUUAAAGCCUUAAGAGAUCGAUUGAAAAAUUUGAAUACUGAAUUUUUUCCACCCAAUACUCGUCCUUUUGUUUUUCAAGAGGUAAUAGAUUUGGGUGGCGGAGAAGCUGUCAAAGCUGACGAAUAUUUACAUAUUGGAAGAGUCACUGAAUUUCGUUAUGGAAAACACUUAGGUGAUGUAAUACGAAAGAAUUACGAUCAGAGAUUAAAGUAUUUGAAAAAUUUUGGAGAGGAAUGGGGUAUGGUUCCUGGUGGAAAUGCGAUAACAUUUAUUGAUAAUCAUGAUAAUCAAAGAGGACACGGUGCCGGAGGUUUUGGAACCAUCCUUACUUUCUUUGAAGCACGAAUGUACAAGAUGGCCUCUGCUUUUAUGUUAGCUUGGCCUUACGGUUUACCACGUGUAAUGAGUAGUUAUCAAUGGCCUCGACAUAUCGAACAUGGCAAGGACAAAAAUGAUUGGAUUGGUCCUCCUCACGAUGACAAUUAUAACAUUAAACCAGUGAUUAGAAAUUCAGAUAUGACUUGCGGAAACGGAUGGGUAUGCGAGCAUAGAUGGCGCCAAAUAUAUAAUAUGGUGAAAUUUCGGAAUGUCGUCGGUUUCGAACCAGUAGAUUACUGGUGGGACAACAACUAUCAUCAAAUUGCGUUCGGUAGGAAAGGGAAAGGAUUUUUGGUCAUUAAUAAUGACAACCAUCCAGUAGAUCAGAAUUUUCUCACCGGUUUACCUGCUGGCACUUAUUGCGAUGUAAUAUCUGGUAACUUGGAAAAUAAUUCAUGCACAGGUAAAAAAGUAAACGUUGGAAAUGAUGGUAGAGCUCAAAUUUUUGUAGAUAAUAAUUGGGAAGAUCCUAUGUUAGCUAUUCAUAUCGAAGCAAAACUAAAGUAAUUAUUACAUGCAUAGAAGUCAUUCGUUCAACACAGAAUAAAUGCAAUGGAAUUUUGUUAAAAUGUUUGAUUUAUUUAAAUAAAUGUUUAUGAUUUAUUCA